CUCCGAACCAACACUUUGUUGGAUCCUGGUAAACUGCCGCUGAGCCCAAUUUCAUCGUUUGAUCCACGCUCUAGACAUCGCUCGCAGACUGUGGAUGUCUCAGCAAUCAGCAGUUCCAAAGCCUUCACUCCAGGGGGUCCGCACAAAAGUACGCAAAGGCCAAGUCAAAGCACAGGCAAAGCACGAGCCAGCGGUCUUUAGAGACCAACUCUACAAACAUCUUGAAACAGUUCCAGAGAACGAUUUUGAAGGAUUCAGCGCUAAACUUGUACAGGCUGGUGGGACACUCGAGUAUCUCAAAUAUGCCGACGCCUUGUUUGAGAUCCUCCUGGUCGGCGGGCUCAUCCAGCCAGGUGGAUCUUAUCUUGAUGAUGGCGCGCCCAUGUCCCCAUUCUCUAUUUUCAACGCACGCAACCCGCCCGACAUCGAAGAGUUGAAGAAAUAUGUCGAUGUGUUUAACAAAUUGAAUCGAAGGUUUAAAUAUCUUCAGAAACCAUUCGAGGAGCAAAGUCUCCCCACUCUCCUGCAAUACAUCGGCCGAUGGUCAUCCGAGCAGCGCGACAAGCUCGCCAUGACAAUUGGUCUCCUCUUUUCGCAGGGUCUCGCGACCGCAGCUUGUCUGCAGAGUCUAACCAAGGAUCACCUCAUCAAGAACGACUUGUCCAUCAACAUCCUUGCAUCGAUCUUUAGCGCAUACCUCGCCGACCAGUCGAUCGAUCACCUUGCUGCGACCCUCAAACGCGGCAAUAUCAAAGAUCUACUUCUCUUUUUCCCUCCAAACAAGAGAGAUGCUAAGAAGCAAUAUGCGAUUGCAAAAGACGCAAUCAUGAGGGAACUAAAGGAGGUGGUAGAACGCAGCGAUGAUAGUGAAUCAAUCAUAUCCGCAAUCCAGAGUAAACUAGAGGAGCAGCGGCUCCCUGAGGCGGAGCUCAUACAGAGCAUCUGGCAGGGCCUCAUGGCUUCCGUAGACUGGAGUGCACGCCCUGACCAGAUCGAAGGCCUCGCACUACGUGAGGUCGGGAAAUUUGCCCCAGUUCUCGUGGCCUUCUGUAAAGGCCCCAAAACCCAGGUCGCUUUGAUCAAUAUCGUACAGGUCUACUGUUAUGAUGACACACGUGUCAUGAAAGCCUUCCCACAGAUCUUGAAGGUUUUGUACAAUAGGGACUGUGUCUCUGACCAGGCGAUCAUCUACUGGCACCAAAAGGGAUCUAAGCCGCAAGGAAGACAGCACUUCCUGAAGGCCACCGAGGGCCUGGUCAAGUUCCUUCAGGAGCAGGAAGAAAGCGAAGAAGACGAAGACGAAGAAUAACGUAUGAGCCAAUAUGCUCUCCAAUUAGAUGUGUAUUGCCAUGUUACUGUUCAUCUUCUCUCCCUGUAUGUGCGCCGUAGGAUAAUUCGCAUUUGCAAUGUAUGUUUGUUCAGCAUGUGAUACAACUUAAAUCGUAG